AUGUCUGAGGUCGGCCUCCGGCAGCUGGACAUGUCCUUGCUCUGCCAGCUCUACAGCCUCUACGAGUCCAUUCAGGAGUACAAGGGGGCGUGCCAGGCCGCGGCCAGCCCCGACGGCGCCUACGCCCUGGAGAACGGCUUCUUCGAGGAGGAAGAGGAGUUCUUCCCGGAGCAGAGCUCCCGCCUGGGCGGGAGGGAUCGAGGCCCCCCGCGGGACCCGGCGCUGCUCACCUCCCCGCUCUCCAGCAGCGACUGGAUCCUGGACUCCAUCUAGGGGGCCCCCGGAGGGAGGCGCUCGCUCCCCACACACGGCCAGCAGUUGCUUCUCUUGCAAGGAGGCGCCUCUGCUCCUGCAUUGGGGCCUGUCCCCGGCCACGAGGGACCAGUGCGCCAGUUCUGUCGGCAGCGAGCUCUCCAUGGAUGCCUGGCGGCCGUCUGCUUUGAUGGCCGAGUUUCUGCCUAGGUGAUUCGGAGGCGCUCAGCAGGGUCUUUGACACCCUGGGACCGAGGCACUCCUGCCAGGACUCAGAGUGAGAAUGUGACAACCAGGAUCCCAGGGAAGAUCCUCGGUGGUUUCCUGCGAGAGGACUCCCAGCUGGUUACCGGUUACUUCCCGACGGGUGGUAGCUGGGCUGCGCCCUCCGCUGAACCCGGGGUUUGCCCCUGGUUUGCGACGGGCUGGAACCAGCACCUCCCUGCUCCCUUCCUCGGCGCCUUCGGCAGCCUCUCCUGCUGCUUCGUGAGCUUUCUGAGCCUCUCGGUUGAGCUUUAUUUAUUUGUAAGCUGCGUUACUAACCGUCGGGGCGACUCAGUGAGAGCUUGUUACUGAAAAAGUAAAUGUUGCAGGUCACACCAAUCACUGCAUCCUCUUGUCAAAAUUCACAUACUCUGCCCAUCGGCUGCAGGAGGAGGGAAGAGAGUGCCGAGGGGGGAACCGGGCAGGCUCCCGUCUCAGGUCAUCGCUGGCGGGUGGCAGCCGGUUUUGUUUGGAAAGAUUCUGAAUGUUAACUAGUAUGUUAGAAAGGGAACCCCCUUCACUCAGAACAGCCAUCACCUGAAGCCUUAAUAUAUUUAUUAAAAUCCUUUAUGAACACUUUACACUUUGUAGGUUAAACAUGAGCAUAAAAUGUUGAACUCUG